ACAUCGUCGACGCAAAACCACAACAUUGCUUUUUUCUUUUCGUUAAUUUGGGCAACAUUCUUGAAAGUAAUUAAUGUUAUACAAAUGGCUAAAAUAGUGCAAAAUACCGGCAAAUACAUUGCGGAGAAGGCCGAUGGCGACGACACCAACGAAAUCGGGUACCGCCAGUCGAAGGAGAAUGACAAAAUUGACCUCAAGUAUGGAUACGAGCGUGUCAAGGACACCCAGGAACGCACCGGAUAUUUAGUUAAUAUGCAUACGACUGAAAUCCUGAAUCAGGACCGCCGACUGGUGGCAGCCCUUGAUCUGUACUUUCUCCAAAUGGAUGGUACUCGGUACAAAAUGACGAUCAUCUACGCCCCCUAUUUACUGCUGAUCACGAGAGAAGGCCACUCGUUGGAGGUGGCAAAAUUUCUAGCCAAAAAAUACUCUGGCCAGCUGUUGAAUGUGGAACACGUCGAACGGGAGGACCUGGACUUGCCGAAUCACCUGAGUGGGCUCAAGCAGAGCCUGCUGAAGUUGACGUUUGCUAAUACCACUCAUAUGAACAAGGUUAGGAAGGAUUUGAAUGCGGCAGUCCGAAAGAACAAGGAGCGAGACAAGGCCAACACCUAUUACAUGCAGAUGCUGAGCAAUUCACUUGCCGUAGCAUCCGAAGAGGGAUCCGGUGGAUCCAAUCAGAACCAGGAUUUCUACGAUAGUAUAGUAGAUAUGCGGGAGCAUGACGUUCCCUAUCACGUGCGGGUUUCGAUUGAUUUGAACAUUUUCUGUGGUCUGUGGUACACGAUGCGAUGCCGUGGUGGCGACGAGCCACCGGUCAUCACGCCCCGCCCGGAUAUACUCGAUCGACCGGAGCCCGUGGUGUUGGCGUUCGAUAUUGAAACGACGAAGCUGCCGUUGAAGUUUCCGGAUGCGCAGAGCGAUCAGAUUAUGAUGAUUUCCUACAUGAUCGAUGGGCAGGGUUAUCUGAUUACCAACAGGGAGAUCAUUAGUGCCGAUGUGGAAGAUUUCGAGUACACACCAAAGCCGGAAUUCGAAGGACAGUUCAUCGUGUUUAACGAGCCGAACGAGAUGAGCUUGUUGCAGAAGUUUUUCGAUCAUAUUUUGGAUGUGAAGCCGCACAUUUUUGUGACCUACAACGGGGACUUUUUCGAUUGGCCCUUCGUAGAGGCACGUGCGGCGGUGUACGAUAUGGACAUGAAGCGCGAGAUUGGAUUUUCGAAGGUGAACGCCCGGGACGGGAACUAUUUGUGUCGGCCGGCAAUGCACAUGGACUGUCUUUGCUGGGUGAAGCGAGAUUCGUACCUGCCGGUUGGCUCGCAUGGACUGAAGGCGGUCGCCAAGAGCAAGCUGCGCUACGACCCGGUUGAGCUGGAUCCGGAGGAAAUGUGCAAGAUGGCGGUAGAACAACCGCAGGUCUUAUCAAACUAUUCGGUGUCCGAUGCGGUGGCCACGUACUAUUUGUACAUGAAAUACGUUCAUCCAUUUAUUUUCGCGCUGGCAACGAUUAUUCCGAUGGAACCGGAUGAAAUUUUGCGGAAGGGUUCGGGAACGCUUUGCGAGAUGCUACUGAUGAAGGAAGCCUAUCACGUUCGGAUUGUAUUCCCGAACAAGCAAAUAUCGGAACUGAACAAGCUAACUCCCGAUGGGCACGUUCUGGAUUCGGAAACAUACGUUGGUGGUCACGUAGAGGCGCUAGAAUCGGGUGUAUUUCGGGCGGAUAUUUCGACCCGCUUUCGCUUGGAUCAAGAUAUGCUGAUGCAGUUGCAGCGAAAUGUGGAGAAAGUGCUGGAACAUGCGAUCGUUACUGAGGAAGGAGUUCCACUGGAACAGGUGACGAACAUGGAAGAGGUAACGGAGCAGAUUAAGGCAGCCUUGCAGCAGCUGCAUGAUACUCCUACUCGCAUUGAACAGCCAGUAAUCUACCAUCUGGACGUAGGAGCUAUGUAUCCCAAUAUCAUUCUGACCAAUCGGUUACAGCCUUCGUCGAUGGUUUCGGAGACUGAUUGUGCGGCUUGUGAUUACAAUCGGCCCGAUGCUAGGUGCAAACGAAACAUGGAGUGGAUGUGGCGCGGUGAAAUGCUACCAGCAACCAGAAACGAAUUCCAACGCAUUCAGCAGCAGCUGGAGACGGAAAAGUUCCCACCGCUUUUCCCUGGAGGUCAACCUCGAGCGUUCCAUGAACUAUCAAAGGAGGACCAAGCUAACUACGAAAAGAAACGGUUGAGCGAUUAUUGCCGUAAGGCGUACAAGAAAACUAAGAUCACAAGCUUGGAAACUAGAACUUCGACGAUUUGUCAGAAGGAAAACAGUUUUUAUGUGGACACGGUUAGAGCUUUUCGCGAUCGGCGCUACGAGUACAAAGCGCUGACGAAGGUAGCGAAAGCGGCAGUGAGUGCCGCUCUGAAAAGUGGUGAUGCCGGAGAAAUUAAAGCCGCCAAGGGACGAGAGGUGUUGUACGAUUCUCUGCAGCUGGCUCACAAGUGUAUUCUGAACUCGUUCUACGGGUAUGUAAUGCGAAAGGGCGCUCGGUGGCACAGUAUGUCAAUGGCUGGGAUUGUAUGUUUGACGGGGGCGAACAUUAUCACUAAAGCACGGGAGAUCAUCGAACGGGUUGGCCGUCCGCUGGAGCUGGAUACCGACGGAAUUUGGUGUAUCUUACCAGCUUCGUUCCCGCAGGAGUUUACCGUGCACUCUACCCAUGAGAAGAAGAAAAAAAUCAACGUUUCCUAUCCGAAUGCGGUGUUGAACACUAUGGUGAAGGAUUAUUUUACGAACGAUCAGUACCACGUUCUGGAAAAACCCCACGAACCGGGCAGUCCGGCGGAAUAUUCGAUCAAAGAUGAAAAUUCUAUCUUCUUCGAGGUGGAUGGGCCAUAUCUGGCUAUGGUGCUACCGGCGGCCAAGGAGGAAGGCAAAAAGUUGAAAAAACGCUACGCAGUCUUCAAUUUUGACGGUUCACUAGCAGAGUUGAAGGGUUUCGAGGUUAAGCGUCGGGGUGAGCUGCAGUUGAUCAAGAUCUUCCAGAGUUCGGUGUUCGAAGCGUUUCUGCAGGGUUCGACGCUGGAGCAGUGCUACGCUGCGGUGGCCAAAAUUGCCGACUACUGGCUGGAUGUGCUGUACAGCAAGGGUCACAAUAUGCCGGACAGUGAGCUGUUCGAGUUGAUUUCGGAGAACCGAUCGAUGUCGCGAAAGUUGGAGGACUAUGGUGAGCAGAAGUCGACUUCGAUUUCCACCGCAAAACGGUUGGCGGAGUUUCUCGGCGAUCAGAUGGUUAAGGACGCCGGGUUGGCGUGCAAGUUUAUCAUUUCGAAGAAGCCGGAUGGUGCACCCGUGACGGAGCGUGCGAUUCCACUGGCUAUUUUCCAAUCGGAACCAAGCGUUAGAAGACAUUAUUUGCGGCGUUGGUUGAAGGACAACACGAUGGGCGAUGCGGAUAUACGGGAUGUACUGGAUUGGCAGUACUAUAUCGAGCGAUUGGGUGGGACUAUCCAGAAGAUCAUCACUAUACCGGCGGCUUUGCAGGGCUUGAAUAAUCCUGUUCCGAGGGUACAACAUCCAGAUUGGCUCCAUAAGAAAAUGUUGGAGAAAAAUGACACCCUUAAGCAGAGGCGAAUCAGUGAGAUGUUCACGGUGAAGGAGAAACCAGCGAUCGCUGAUAUCGAAGACAUUGUCCGUUCGCAAUCACCGGGCGCUGCUGGAAGUAACCUACCAGUGGUGCAUUCGAAACGUAGACGAACACCAUCACCCGAGGCGGAUUCUACUCCUGCGGCUCCAGAACCAAAGACCUGGAGAGAAGCACUUGGAGCUCCACCACCCCCAGGGGAAACCAAUCAGCAAUUGCAAGAGUGGUUAGCGUAUCACAAGAAAAAGUGGAAGUGGCAGCUGGCACAGCGUAGCAAAUUCCGCGAUCCUAAACGUAAGCGAUCACGAAUGAACGACGAUGAUGAACCUUCAACUUCGACAGGUUCAGCCCGUCCUGCCACCACGCUGGGUGGUUUCCUGCGAAAAACUCAACGUUCACUAAUCGAACAGCCGUGGCAAGUAAUUCAAAUCAUCGCCACCGAUGAAAUGGGAAAUUUCAACAUAUGGGCAAUGGUAGGCGAAGAGUUACACAAGAUCAAACUUACCGUCCCGAGAAUCUUCUACGUGAAUCAGCGAACACCAGCUCCUCCCGAGGAGGGUUCAAUGUGGAAAAAGGUUCACCGUAUCCUGCCGCGAGCUCGGCCCGUGUAUCACCUCUAUCAGUACGUUGUUCCCGAGCAAAUUUUCCGAGACAACCGAUUAGGAAUGCUAGCCGAUCUGGCGACACCGGAUAUCGAAGGAAUUUACGAAACUCAACUGUCGCUGGAGUUUCGCGCUCUCAUGGAACUGGGUUGUUUGUGUGCCGUUCAGCGUUCGGAAGCCAGAACCCUAGCGACACUUGCCACUAAAGAUUUGGACUCGUUUAACAUCCAGCAGCUGGAAAUGCGAAGCUACUCACACACACCAUACCUGAAGAACGGUGGUAACAUGCGUAAAAUCUUCCUCUACCAGCACAGUAUCCCAUCUGGUAAACGCGAAAUGUGGGGUCUUUUCAUGGGACCCAGCAAAAAAGCUUUGCUUAUCAUCCUGGACACUGUCCGUAGCAACCAACUGCCAACACUUAAAUCCCUUUACACUUCGGAGCGGCUUGCGCUGCUGAAAACCAACAGCGACAAAUUCACCGAAGAAAAUCUCCCUCCCGCGGAUAUGAACUUCGAGGCGUACAUGGAGGUGGACUCCAAGCAGGUCUACCAGCGGCUGUCGCGUGCGCUCUCCGCCUAUAAGGACGAAAAACGUGGUCCAACCAUACUCUGCGUUCAGACCGCGCUUGGCUUGCAGAAACUAAACCAACUGCUGCCAACCUGUUUGGAGUUUCCCGAGUCCCAUAUCCACAUUGCGGAUGAUGCCUCACUGCUGUCCGGGCUCGAUUGGCAACGACACGGAGCUCGAUCGAUGAUACGGCACUUCCUUAACCUGAAUCACGUGUUCGAUCUUAUGCUCGAUCAGUGCCGUUACUUCCAUCUUCCUGUGGGCAACAUGCCCUCCGAUACGGUUCUGUUUGGGGCAGAUUUGUUCUACGCUCGGCACCUGCAGAAGCACAACUUUAUCUUGUGGUGUUCACCAGGCUCGAGGCCCGAUCUCGGAGGACGCGAAGCGGACGACAGUCGACUGCUGGCCGAGUUUGAGGAUACAAUUUCGGUAGUGCAGAAUCGACCGGGCUUUCAUGAUAGCGUUUGUGUGGAACUUAGUAUCGAAAGUUUGGCCGUUUCGGCACUUUUGCAAGCCAGCAAAGUGCAGGAGAUGGAAGGUGCGUCGGCUGCCAUCACCUUCGACGUUAUACCGCAGGCAUCCCUAGAUGAUAUGAUCAGUAAUCAAGGCGUUCAGACGCUUCCGAGCUACGAUGAAACGGCUCUGUGUUCUCAAGCUUUCCGCGUGAUGCGACUGAUGGUUAACGGUUGGCUGCGGGAGGUUUCCAUCAAUCGGAAUAUUUUCUCCGAUUUUCAGAUCAUCCACUUCUACCGCUGGGUGCGAUCGACGAAAGCUUUGCUGUACGAUCCGGCACUACGACGAGCUUUGAACACAUUGAUGCGCAAAUUGUUCUUACAAAUUAUCGCUGAAUUCCAACGAUUGAAGGCAGAAAUCGUGUAUGCGGACUUCAAUCGUAUUGUGAUCAACACGGCCAAGAAAAGCGUGAUCGACGCGAUCGCCUACACGGAUUAUGUAGUGCAAAGCAUUCGUAACAAAGAGCUGUUCCACAGUGUCCUGUUGUCCUACCAGCAAUCGUGGGUGUUUUUGCUCUGGAUCGAUUCGGCCAAUUUUGGUGGCAUUCGCGGGAACAUUCCUAAAGAGCUGAACGAAGAGGAGACUGAGCAAACGGCUGAAGACGAUGAAGAGGAACUUUCGCUGGAGAUGAACUGGAACAUUGCGGAAUUGUUGCCCGAGGAAAACCGCUGCCGGGAAUACUUUGAUCAAUUUCUGGUAAUGUAUUUGGAAUCACUGGCCCAAGGGGUUCCUGGUGCGAAAGGUCUCAAAAAGCACUCACAUGUGGCGUAUGAAAUGGUACAAAAAAUGCACAAAAACUACGGUCGAGGCAAGGAAGGACCGGCCCUGGAGUUCAUUAAAGCCAUCUGUAAAGUUUUGGGUGUUAAAAAAGACAUCGAGGAGGAGUUAACGACCCUUCGGCGAAACAUGCUGUUACUGAUCGGAAUCGGGGACUUUAGUGAUAAAGCCGUCUGGAAGGAUCCGUUAAAGUCAUACGUGCUGACCGAGGUAAUCUGUAAGGCAUGCAACCACUGUCGUGAUCUGGACCUAUGCAAAGAUAACUACCGCGCCCUCAAGGAUGGCCGUCCGGUGUGGUUGUGUGCACAGUGUAAUGUGGACUACGACACUGUGGACAUCGAGAUGCGCCUGCUCGACGUGGUCCAGCGAAAGUUGAUGUCCUAUACCCUACAGGAUUUACGGUGUGGUCGCUGUAAGCAGAUCAAGCGAGAAAAUUUGGCUGAGUUUUGCGCGUGUGCGGGCAGUUUCGAGAAUCUAAUUUCGGCCGAUGAGCUGAGAAGGCUACUGUCGACGUUUCGAACGGUAGCCGACGAUUACAGGAUGCCUUUACUGCAAGAGACCACCGAACAUCUACUAAAUACUUGUUAAGUUUUUAAAUGGUGCCUCAGAGCACCACUGGAUAUACAGGAGACAAAGAAAAAAAAAAACGAUGGCCUUAAAUAAACUAUAUAUCUGAUUUCAUAUUUUUGCUGGCCG